UAAAUAUGUCUCAAGUUUUGCUGAUGCGGCAAUCACCAAUUAGCUUCUAAGCAUAUAAGAAAAAAAAUAAAAAAUGGGACCUCUUGGUCUUGAAGCCUUCCCUGAUGGAGAAUGGGAUUGCUUUGGCAAAAUGUUGGCCAAUGAAGCCCAUUAUUCCUCUCCACAACAUGAUGGGAACAUGUUUUGCGCCACUCAUGAUGCUGGGGGAAAUAGGAGAUUGUUUUACUCUUUUGAUUCUCACAACUCUAAUUUUCAGCAUAUUUCUAGCAAUAGCAAUAUUAGUGGCUAUAAUGUCUUCAUUGAUCAUGUGCCUUUAGAAGAGAAAAUAAACUCACAUGGGCAUUGUAACAAAAAACCACGUCUUUCAAAAGAUGUGCAACAUUGCAUGAACAACCAGAAGCUAGACAAAAAUGGAAAUGAGGCAGAAGAGACUAAUGGAAGUUGUUCUUCUAGUAGUCACACUUACACCCCAGAGGAUGAUAAUGCUUCUGCUCUCAGCUUAAAAGGGAAAACAAAAGCAACAGAUCCUCAGAGUCUUAAUGCAAGGAAAAGAAGAGAGAGAAUAAAUGAGAGACUGAGAAUUCUACAGAAUCUUGUCCCCAAUGGAACAAAGGUUGAUAUAAGCUCUAUGCUUGAAGAGGCAGUCCAUUACGUGAAAUUUUUGCAGCUCCAGAUCAAGCUUUUAAGCUCUGAUGAUUUGUGGAUGUACGCUCAGAUAGCUUAUAAUGGACUUGACAUUGUACUCAAUCUCACUCAGAAGAGUUCUCCACCUUUGUGAGCUUAUACGUUGUUCAACAAUUGAACGGAAAAUAACCUCUUCAGAAAGUGAAAUUGUAUGUAUUUGUUGUUCAAACUAGGACAUUAUAGUGGUUCUGGAAAUGGUGAAAUUGGCAUCGGAGAUUGAAAUAAUUAAUGGCUAUAUUUUGCAAAGGGAAUUGGGGAUUUUGUGGAGACUUGAAGACAUGAAAAGGAAUGGUUGAUAGAUAGGUUGGAAAAUUCAAUUCUUAAUUGAGAUUAUAAGAAAAUUGCCUAGCUAUAUAUUUAAUUCCAUAUGGGAAGAUGCGAGAGAAAUUAUGAAAAUAUAU